AUGCCGCCGCAUCAAUACCGUGUGGCCGAAGUCUGCCCGUACGACUCGAGCAGUUCCGAUGAAUAUUACACCAAAAUCCCUGUUAGACGUCACGCUCGCUAUGGCUCCGUAGUAUCCGCUCACCAUCACCAUCAUGUUCACGAGCCGGUUUAUGCCCCAUCGCCCAGCCUGGCUGUACCGUUAGUUGAUGUUGGUGGCCGGAAACGAGCAUCAAGCACAACCGGCUUGCCUCAGCCAAAUAUCAUCAUCAAUAAUGCCGAUAGUGGCAGUCGGAGCCGUAGUCGGGAGCGUACUCGUCGACGUAGCCCAAGCCGAGGCCGACGUCUUUAUGAUGGCGAGUAUGAGGAAUUCAUUCAUAGAAGAGGCAGAAGUUCUAGGACCCCCAGUCCAUACUAUCGAUCUGAGUAUCGAUCUGAGUAUCGACCUGAGAAGGUUGAGCAAAUCGAGCGAGUCGAUUAUGAGACGCGCAAAGCAUUGGAAAAAUUAAAGAUCUUUGAGGAGGAGAAGGCGGCCGAGGAGGCGCAGAAGAAGUUCAAAGCAGAUAUGGAGCUCAGAAAGGCUAAAGAGCAGUUGGAGAAGGCCGAGGCAGAGGAGAAGCGGAUAGCGCUUGAAAAGAAAGCGGUUGAGGACUGGCAACGGGAGAAGGCGGAGGCAGAGGAGAAGCGGAAAGCGCUCGAAAAGAAAGUGGUUGAGGAGUGGCAACGAGAACAAGACGCCAAGAAAGCGAGGGAGAAGAAAGAGAAGGAAGAACUGGACAAGAAGGUAGACGAACAGUUCAGAGCAAAACUGGCCGAAGCUGGAUACUCUCUGUCAGAAAUCGAAGACAUCAUCAACCACAAAGCUGAACGCGAUGAGAAGAAGCACGUUAAUGAGAUGAGGAUAGCUCGUCUUCGCCCGACGUAUAUCAAAGUACACAAGAAGCAUCUGCUCCCAGAAACGCUCGAUGUCUAUCGGCUGCCGUGGUCAUAUGACUCAAAAGAUAGUGACUACAUCCUGAUCGAGACGUACGUUGAUGACGAUCUUCAGGAAGAGCUCUUUGCGCACACCAGGAAAAUCAGAUCUCGCAAGCUCAUCGAACCCUCCCCGAUUGAGAAGAAGGUGAUCGUGAAAAUCAAUGAUAAGAAAAAGGACAAGAUGUACUUGGUUCGCAAGAAGGAUACGAGUCCGCUGCGUUUCGGCAUUCUGGGAUAA